GAUAAUUGUUGGAUCCGACCCGAAUCUGAAACCCAGCUGUUAGGGUUUCUAAGCGGGCCUUAUAUUCCUUUCCUUUCACCACCUUCCCCCUUUCCCUUCUCUCGUACUAAAGGGGCGGCUGCCGAAAACACAGGGGGACUCAAAGGCCAGACGACCAUGGGGAAGGGAACCGGGAGCUUCGGAAAGAGGAGGAACAAGACCCACACCCUCUGCGUGAGAUGCGGUCGCCGGAGUUUCCAUCUGCAGAAGAGCCGCUGCGGCUCCUGCGGCUACCCAUCUGCCCGCAUUAGGAAAUAUAACUGGAGCGUGAAGGCGAUCAGGAGGAAGACCACGGGAACGGGCCGUAUGCGGUACCUCCGUCACAUGCCUCGUCGAUUCAAGAGCAAUUUCAGAGAAGGAACUGAAGCAGCGCCAAGGAAGAGGGCAGAUGCGGCGUCGUCUUAGAUCUCAUUGAUGUCAGCGAAUAGAAGAAAUCCGUGAUGUUAUUCUAGUUCUUCAGUUUCCUUUUUUGUCUUCUUAUUGUUUAUGCACCAAACAAUAUCGAAAGAUUGGUAUCUUUGAGUUGUUGACGAUGUUAAUUUUACCGAAAUUUUGUGUUAGUUUAAUUUGGGGAUAUUCAUACCCAUCAAGACA